CUAUAUUUGCUGGUUUUAGUGAAAAUGGUGGAGAGUAUUGUAAAUCCGGAUAAUGAAACUGCUCGCAUGGUUAUUUAUUUGCAAAAACCCACUGAUUUGGGUCCACGCACUUGGCUGGCGGGGAUAAGUUGUUUGGAUCGCUUUACCGCCAUUUACUUUAAGAAACGUGAAGUUAUGACUCGCCCACCGAACAUAGUCUUGACCAGUGUUUUUAAUAUGUCCACACCAGCUGCCCAAAUACAAGAGGGUUUCUUAAAACUUAUGAUGGAGGCCAUCAGUGAAACUCCACCUAAACACAAGCAUUAUCAAUUUCGCAUAGUAUCGGAUUCUUUGAUAUAUUUACGCAUACCCAUGUCUCAGAGAGAACUAGUACUGGCAGAUUAUUAUAUAAUUGUUGUGGAUUCUGUAACACGUUUGAAGGCUUUAAUGCGCAAUAAUGUGAGUAAUAUGUUGUCCUGGAAUCCGGGUGCCCGAUUUAUUAUACUCUAUAAUAAUGUCAAUAAUUAUCACAAAGAAAUGGAAACAGCACGUCUUAUUUUCGAAGAAAUGUUAUAUAAUUUCUAUGUUCAUCGUGUGGCUUUGAUGUAUGCCACUUCGUCAAUUAAGUAUUCGGUGCUGUUAAUGGAUUAUUAUAAUGAGACAUCGUGUCGACACUUGGAAAUAAAAUCAUUUGCUACGUGUCAAGAGGGACGUUUUAAACCGGAGAAUAUAGCUUUAUUAGAUUUACAAUUGCAAAAGUUUGUGAACAGUAUUACACUGAAUAAUUGUACAUUUUAUAUGUGUGCUUCCAUAGCGGCCCCGUUUAUUGAGGCCGAUUGUUUGUCUGGAUUGGAGUUGAGAAUUAUUGGUUUCAUAAAGAGUCGCCUGAAGUUUAAUAUCAAUCAAACAUGCGAAAGAGAAAGUCGUGGUGUUGAAGAGAAAGACGGCAAUUGGUCUGGUCUAUUGGGUCGUCUUAAUGAAAGAUCUUGCGAUUUUAUAGUGGGAGGUUUUUAUCCCGAUAACGAUGUUAUACAAAGUUUUUGGGUAUCCGAUACAUAUCUAGAUGAUUCCUAUACAUGGUUUAUUAAACUUGCCGAUCCGCGACCUCCCUGGAUGGCUCUAUAUGCCAUCUUUAAGAAUAUGACUUGGUUAGCAUGUAUAUUAAUGCUUAUACUGACCUGGAUCACUUGGUUUAUACUUGUAAAUUUCCUACCAGAACCUUUGUAUGCCAGAGAAUUAUCAUUGACGGGCAUUAAUAAUUUGGCAGUAACAAUAUGUGUUUCGGCCAAUGAGCGACCAAUAUGUGGAGCAUCACGUAUUUUCUUUAUAUUUUUGGCUUUAUAUGGUUUAAAUCUUACCUCGACAUAUACCUCGAAACUGAUAGCGGUGUUUGCGAAUCCAGGGUUUCUGCAUCAAAUUGAUAAUUUACAAGAAGUUAAAGAGGCGGGCAUACCUUAUGGUGGCUUAGAAGAGAGCCGUGAUUGGUUUGAAAACGAUGAGGAUAUGUGGAUUUUCGACGAUUAUAAUGAUACAUCUGACUUUGAACCGACCACUGUGAAUUUGGAAGGCGUUAAAAUUGGUGAACGCGUUCUUUUAAGUAGCCGCAUGUACAUACUACAGAAUGCUUUAUCCGACGAUAUCUAUGCCUUUCCCUAUAAUGUUUUCUCCAGUCCCAUGCAAAUGAUUAUGAAACCAGGAUUCCCUUUUCUAUAUGAUUUCAAUAGAAUGAUACGUUAUAUGAGAGAUUUUGGUAUAUUUAAAAAAAUACAAACCGAUUUUAUAUACAACAACACAUAUCUAAAUCGUAUUAACAAAAUGCGACCAGAUUUUCAAGAAAUUGUUAUUGUUCUAACAACACAACAUCUUCAGGGACCAUUUGCUAUUUUAAUACUAGGCAUUAUGAUAAGUACAGUACUAUUUCUGGGGGAAUUAUUGACAUUCUAUAUUAUUCAACCUUGUUGGCAAAAACAUCAAAAUAGUACUUUAAAUACUGAUAAGACUAUGGGGGCGAAUUCAAAGAAAAAGAAACGUGAAAAGAGGAAACAAAAGAAAACACAAAAAUCGAAGAAAAUUAAAUUAAAGAAACCUUAUGAAAGAUUGGAAGAUGAAAUUGUUAUACCCUGGAGUGCUGCUAUCAGUUAUGAUGUUCAAAUAUCGAAAGGCAUACGUUUUACACCGUUAAAACGAAGAAUUAUAGAUAAUCGUGAAAAUAUUGUAAAAAGUGAUUGA